AUCAGACGAGCAUCCACCUUUCUUUUCUUUAAAUAUGGAGUCAGAAUGACCAAAAUAUUCAGUCAUCUAAAAAACUUGUCGUCUUGAAUCAUAAAUGGCUAAAUCUCUCCCACUAUACGAAAAAACAAAUAUCAAGAGAUCAACCCAAAGAGUAUUGGAUAUUACCAUAUUCAUCCUAUUGGUUUCUCUCGAUGGCUAUCGUGUAUUGUUGAUUUAUAACCAUGGCUUCUCCUAUCUCCAAACCAUUGCCUUCCUUUGCGAAUUUUGGUUCUCUUUCGUCUGGUUUCUUGCUAUCAUCAUCAAAUGGAACCCCGUCCACUACGAAACUUACCCUCAACGUCUUCUCAAACGGGAGGUGGAACUUCCGGCGGUGGACAUAUUUGUGACGACGGCAGAUCCGGUGUUGGAACCGCCGAUAAUAACGGUGAACACAGUGUUGUCUCUGAUGGCCUUAGACUAUCCGUCGAAUAAGCUUGGUUGUUAUGUGUCCGACGACGGCUGCUCUUCUCUAACUUUGUAUGCAUUAAAAGAAGCAUUGAAAUUUGGGAAGAUUUGGGUUCCAUUUUGCAAAAAGUACGAAAUUCAAGUUAGAGCUCCCUUUAGGUAUUUCUCAUCGCCGCCCCAUCUUCAUACCUCUGCUGAAUUCCGAAAUGAUUGGCAAAUGGUCAAGGUGGAGUAUGAGAAGCUUGAAGCAAACAUAAAGGAAGCAGAAGAAAACAAAUUUGGUUUAGAAGAAGAAGUUGAUGGAAUGGACAUGGCAGAUUUCUGCAAUCUCCACACCAAAAACCAUCCCACCAUAAUUAAGAUGUUGUGGGAGAACAAAGAUGAUUUAGACGAAUUGCCCCAUUUAAUAUAUGUAUCGAGGGAGAAGAGUUUCAAACAUCACCACUAUUACAAAGCGGGUGCAAUGAACGUUUUGACAAGAGUGUCGGGUGUAUUGACAAAUGCACCCUACAUAUUAAACGUGGAUUGUGACAUGUUUAUGAAUAAUCCCCAAGUCGUUUUACAUGCGAUGUGUGUAUUUUUCAACUCGGAGGAUGACUUUGAAGAUAUUGGAUAUGUUCAAACUCCUCCAUGCUUUUAUGAUGGCCUCAAGGACGACCCCUACGGAAAUCAAUUAGUGAUCGUAUAUGAGUACUUCACACGUGGGAUCAUGGGACUUCAAGGGCCUAUCUAUAGCGGGAGUGGGUGUUUCCAUAGACGAAAAGUGUUAUAUGGCCAAUUUCCUCACUACACAACAAAUUCUGUAGAUGGACGAAAAGCUUCGGAACAGGAAAUAAUAAAAUCAUUUGGAUAUUCAAAAGCUUUUGCAAAGUCAGCUAUCUAUGCUUUUGAAGAAACCACAUUUGGCUAUCUUCCAGAAGGUCUUUUCAACAAUAAUAAUCUUGAAGCUGCUAUCCAAGUGGCAGGAUGUGGCUAUGAGAUCGGCACUACUUGGGGUUCCAAGAUAGGGUGGAUGUAUGGAUCUACAUGCGAGGAUAUUUUAACAAGCCUAGUGAUUCAUAGAAAAGGAUGGAGAUCCAUUUACAUUGCAUUAAAUCCUCCAGCAUUCUUAGGGUGUGCACCCUCACAACUUGUUACUUCAUUAACUCAACAGAAGCGAUGGGUCACUGGCUUACUUGAAAUUCUUUUCAGCAAGCACUGCCCUAUUUUUGGUACACUCUUUGAGAAUCUACAAUGGAAGCAAUGUGCAGCCUACUUAUGGAUCCUCACUUGGGGCAUUCGUUCCAUUCUUGAGCUUUCUUAUGCUUUACUUCCACCCUAUUGCCUCAUCACUAACACCUCUUUCUUUCCAACCAUGGAAGAGAGAGCAAUCUUCAUACCGAUUUCUCUGUUCAUCGUUUACAACUUUCAACAGUUGUUACAAUACAAAGAAACGGGUCAAUCAGUAAGAGCUUGGUGGAAUAACCAAAGAAUGGGAAGAAUAAACACAAUUUGUGCAUGGUUGUUUGGAGUAGGCAAUGCGGUUCUAAAGCUUUUGGGUGUUAGAGAAACUGUGUUUGAAGUAACAAAGAAAGAGACAUAUUGUGAGGUAGAUUUGGGGCAUUUCACAUUUGAUGAGUCUCCAAUGUUUGUGACAGGGACAACCAUUUUGUUGCUUCAACUUAUUGCUUUGCUCACGAGCUUCAUAAGGCUGGGGAGAUCAAGAAGUGCAGUGCUUGAGGUGAUUUGUAGUUUAUGGUUAUUUUUAUGCUUUUGGCCAUUUUUAAAAGGAAUACUUAUGUUUGGUAAAGGAAGAUAUGGACUUCCUUUCUCCACCAUUUACAAAUCAGCUAUCUUGACAUUGUUGUUUGUGCUAUUAUGCCUAAGAACAACCGUAAAUUAACUUAGAGAUGUUAUGAUAUUUGCUAUAUAGCCUUAACUAUGUGUACGGAGCCGUAAGUAAAAGCCUCUAAAACUCUUAGCUGAAGAUAUGAAUAUGUAUGUUCUCUUAUUUGCCUAAAUCCAUCUAUAAUACUGAUUGUGAACACUUUAUUA